AUGGAGAGCACCCUGUCGUGGGUGCUGUGGUUGCCGCUGCUGCUGCGGCGAGGUUUAAGUGGCCAGGAACUUUCCUGCAACGUGUUCUCUGGGGAUGUGGACUGGACCAAAGAGUUCCCCAACACGUGCCUGAAUUUCAGUGGACAAAGCCUGAGCCUACCCCGGAACCAGUCUCUGAGGGCCAACAAUGUGCUCGUCCUUGACCUGUCUGGGAAUGGUCUGCGAGAGCUCCCACUCUUCUUAGCCCACCUGGAGAAGCUGCAGUUCCUGAAUGUGAUGCACAACAGGCUGGCGCACGUGGAUGGGGCGCUGGCGGCACGCUGUGGCCUUGAUCUGAAGGCUGACUGCAGCUGUGUCCUGGCACCCUGGCACGAGGUCCGGGAAAACAACUGCUCCACACAGCCGCCCCUGCAGUGUCUGGACACAAGCACUGGUGCCUGGCACAACCUCUCUGUUUUCCUGGAGGUCAACUGUGCACCCGGCCUGGCCUCAGCAACCAUCGGGGCAGCGGUGGCUGGAGGACUCCUGUUCCUUGGGCUCACCAUUGCUGGCCUGUUGCUGGCUUGGAGACUCUUGAGUCGCCGAGCAGCCAGUAGCCAGGGCCUGAGCAAAGCCUGGGCUGCUCAGGACAGUCCCAGGCCCAACUCAGGCUGGCAGCCACGAUACAGCAGCCGGGGCCUCAGCUCCAACCCCCCAGUGGCCACCCUGUCCAGCCCCUCCAAGUCCGACUACGAGAACAUGUUUGUGGGCCAGGCAGCUGCCGAGCACCAGUGGAUGGGACAUGGGGCUCACCCUUCAGAGGAUGACGACUUCUACAUGAACUAUACAGACAUUGAUCUGGCCUCCCAGCCUGUCUACAGCAACCUGCAGUCACUAGACCAGGCCCCACAUGAAGAGGAGUACGUGAUCCCUGGGCACUGA